GAACAAAUAGUGGCGGGGCUAUGCGGGACCACCUUUUGUCCAACAGACACAAUACCAUCCAUACCUAUCUAUCGCAUCCUCUCCCUUUUACCUUUUCACAACCCUUUGAUUUUUCCAUCGAUUUUCAAGAACUAUCAUCUCGCGUGUCGCAAAUCCCAUCCCAUCACACAGAUACAUACAGACACAGUUGCGAAAAUGACAGGACCUUCAACACCCGGCCAAGAAGGGCCAUCCUUCGCACCUCCUCCUCUCCCAUCCGGCUGGAUCGCCCAAUGGGACGGCAACUCCAAGAAAUACUAUUUCGUGCAACUCAGCACCGGGGCUUCGCAAUGGGACACACCCACGCACGCUGCACCCACGGGACCUACUCCCCAAGCGACGCCGCAGGGAACAGAACAUCCAUAUGGCUUACCGGGAGAGAAUGGAAGCCAGGCUCAUGCGCACGAGAUGGGCGGUGAUGGGACCAGAGGGUUUGGAGGCGAGAAUGCAGGCGGUGAUGGGGAGAGGGGUAUUGGAUCUUUCAUCACAAACCAAUAUCUCAAGAAACAAACCGGAGGCAUUCUCGGUGGAAGCAGUAGUAAUUCCAGCUCACACGGUGGAUUGGGAGGCAUUCUCGGUGGAAGCAGCAGUAAUUCCAGCUCACACGGUGGAUUGGGAGGCAUUCUAGGUGGAAGCAGCAGUAAUUCCAAUUCACAAGGUGGAUUAGGAGCACUAGGUGGACUCGCCAGUUCAUUCCUUGGAGGAUCAUCCGGAUCAAAUCACAACAACAAUAACAAUAAUAAUAAUAACUCACAUUCCACGAGUGGAAGUGGUUCAUCGGGUAUCGCAGGUGCUUUGAUGGGUAGUUUAUUGGGCGGUGGAAAGAAAACAGAUAAUGCGCAGACGCAGAAUCAGAAUCAGGAUCAGAAUCACUCUAGUUCGCAGAGUGGACAACAUGGACAAAGCAGUGGAAGUGGAUUGAUGGGAAGUUUGGGAGGAAUGUUUGGCCAUCAGAGUCAAUCUCAGGGUGGAAACUUUGGAUAUUCAAACAAUAGUAGUGGAAGCCAAGGAGGUUAUUCCGGUGCUGCCCCUCCAAGUUCAUAUCAGCCAGGUGGUGCAAGCCAAAAUAGUUACAGCUCUCCAGCCCCUGCACAGCAAUCUUAUGGUCAAGGAGCUACACACAAUCCAUCGUCACAAUCUUAUGGCCAAGGAGCUACCCACACUCCAUCGUCACAGUCCUAUUCUCAAGGACAUGCGCCUUCUUACUCUCAAGGAUCUGCUACAUCCCAUCAAUAUGACCCACAAAACCCAUCUCACGGCAUGCCACCAAAACAUGAAUAUGGUGCCCCGGGUCAACAAUCACAAUACGGUGGUCCUCAACAUCAGUCUUCAUUUGGAAAUGCACCACAAUCACAACAUAAUCAAUACCCAGGAGCUCCAGCUUAUGGGUCCGGUCCAAAUUCUCCAGGUGGAUAUGGUGCACCUCAACAUCAACAGCAACAGCACCAGCAGCAUGGACAGCAACAACAUCAAUAUGGUGGUCCCCCUGGUCCAGAGAUGUCAGGAGGAAUGUAUGGUGGUGGUCCGCCUCCUGUACCACAUGGAAGCCAUCCUCACCAUGGUCAACACCAACAACAUGGCUCACAAGGUGGUUCAUCUGGUGGCUACCCUCCUCCCCCUUCAGGUGGCUAUCCUGGACAGCCAGGAUGGUAGUGCUUUUAUUCGCGUCAUGAUAUGAUGAAUAUUGGUAGCAAUCUAAAAAAUUGGUGUGUUUGGGAUGGUCGGGUUUCUUUUUGAUAGAAUGGAUAUGGUAUCCUGUAAAUGCAAAACUUGCA